AUGGUAGAGAAAUCUUUUUUUUUUCUCUUUUUUAUCAGUUUGUCGGGAAAGUGGCGGAAUGUCGCGCCUUGGAAUCGCCCAUCAUCGCUUUGCGACGGCUUACCGCAGCUGGAAAUUUGGUGCGCGACUCCAACCUUCUUUCGAAGAGGCGAAACAUUUUGCUGCGACGACCCGCCACUAUUACCCUGACAAUUUUUUGACGAUGGUUUUUAGUGUUUACCUUGUCUUUUGCAUUUAAUUUCACUUCGUGUCCUUUCAGACAAAGAUGUGCGGGAUCUUCGGGUAUGUCAACUUCAUGCACCCCAAAACAAGAAAAGAGGUCGUCAAGACCCUCCUUAAUGGUCUUAGACGGAUGGAAUAUCGAGGCUACGACUCAGCAGGGAUUGCUAUUGAUAUUGGAAACGAUGCAACUAAGAGAUCAGAUGGAAUCAAAGUAUUACGGUGCAAAGGGAAGGUGGAUGAUCUUGCUGAGCACAUAAAUAGUGCGUUUUCCGGAGGUUUAUGCCUUUUCAUUUAUUUUGCUGCUAAAGUUGAUUUGUUUGGGCCGUUACAGAAGAGGCCACGGAUCUCGAUAUGUCUCAUGUCUACAAUAUCCAUGCUGGAAUCGCACAUACUCGUUGGGCCACUCAUGGACAGCCAACCGAGCUGAACAGUCAUCCUCAGAGGUCCGAUAAAAACAACAGUAAGUCAGUUUUUUGAUGAUAUAUGCGAUCUUUCGUUUAGCUUUCGUUUGUGUGCACAAUGGAAUCAUCACCAAUUAUCGCGAGCUGAAGCAUUUCUUGGCGAGGAAAGGAUUUGAAUUCGAGAGUGACACUGAUACUGAGGCCGUAGUCAAGCUGGCGAUGUAUAUUUACCAGAAAUACCCCAACCUCAACUUCAGACAGAUCGUGGAGAUCACAGUGGGCGAAUUGGUAAGUUCAAAAAUAGAUUAAAGGCUAGUCCGAUGUUGCAGGAGGGAGCGUUUGCGUUGGUGUUCAAGUCUCGUGUGUUCCCCGGUCAGAUUGUUGCCACUCGCAAAGGGUCUCCUUUGGUUUUAGGGAUUUGCUGUGAGAGUGAAGAGAAGCCUGUCACUUACCAAGUCCAGCUGAGUAAAGGUAAGGAUUCUUCGGUGCUUGAAGUUGUUGAUUUUGUAUGGUGUCAUUGUCAACAUUCCAGCCAAGGCAUCGCGUUUCGAUGAUACAUUCCGAAUGGAAAACACUCCAAAUGGGACCCCGUUGUCGGGUGGACGUUCUGCCGGGCUAAAUGAGACCGAUAGGAGUUUUAUUUUCGAUCAACAAGUUGAAUACUUCUUUGCGUCGGAUGCCAGGUUUGCUUCUCAUACAACGAAUGCCACUCUUGUUGAUGUAUAAUAAUGGGUUGUUUAAUUUCAGCGCCAUCGUAGAACAUACCAGACAAGUUUUGUAUCUGGAAGAUGAAGACAUUGCCACCGUCAAUUGUGGACAACUGAUGAUUCACAGAAUGCGAACGGCUGGGUCAUUCGCAGAGUCUGAAGUCCGGCUGGUUGAAGAACUUCACAUGGAAUUGGACGAGAUCAUGAAGGGCGAAUAUAAGACUUUCAUGCAGAAGGAGAUCUUCGAGCAACCCGAAAGUGUGGUGAAUACAAUGAGAGGUCGAGUCAGAUCAGAUGGCACCGUCAGUCUUGGUGGGAUGAAGGUAAUGUUUGAACAAUAUAAGUAGUUGUGUUAACAAAUAUUUUUGAUUACAAUUUCAGAGAUACCUCGGCAUCAUGGACCGAAAAUGCCGAUUUGUUUUCGUAGCGUGCGGAACGUCUUACAACUCCGCUGUUGCUGCUGGCCGUCUUCUGGAAGGACUCUGUGAAGUCUCGAUUGCAAUUGAAUUGGCUUCUGACUUCAUGGACAGAGAUGUUCCGAUUAGUCGAUCAGAUGUGUGCAUCUUUGUUUCUCAGUCUGGAGAGACUGCGGAUACUCUGGCUGCCCUCAGAUACUGCCAUAACAAAGGUGCCUUCUUGGUGGGGGUCACCAACACCGUGGGAUCCACAAUCAGCCGGGAGACCAAUUGCGGAAUCCAUUUAAAUGCUGGCCCGGAAAUUGGGGUUGCUUCGACGAAGGCCUACACUUCCCAGAUUUUGGCAUUGGUCAUGUUUGCCGUCUCAUUGGCACAGAGUUAUGGAAUCAAGAAGGAUCAGAGAAAAGAAAUCAUUGCAGAGCUUCUCGUGCUUCACAGUAAGUUAAAUAAAGUUGGUAGUUCUUUAUAUGUUAGCGAUCAGGAUUACUUAUCUUUUUGUCCUCAGAUUACGUCAAAGAGGUUCUCGAGACAGAUGAACAAGUGUUGAGGAUUGCCAAACAGAUCUACAAGGAGAGGUCCGUUCUUGUGAUGGGAAGAGGCUACAACUUCGCUACAUGUUUGGAGGGGGCUUUGAAGAUCAAAGAGUUGUCCUAUAUGCAUUGUGAAGGUAUAUUGAGCGGAGAGUUGAAGCAUGGGCCGUUGGCUAUGGUCGAUGAUAAGCAAUGCAUCUUGAUGAUCAUUUGCUCAGACAAUGUGUAUAAGGUAUGUAUGGCAACGCUUUUUUUAUGUAUUCUGGUCUUUAAAAAUCUAAUAUAAUGUAUUUCCAGAAGUCUUUGAAUGCCCUUCAACAAGUCCUCGCUCGUGGAGGCCGCCCAAUUGUGAUUGCUGAUGAAGACGUCGAUGAGAAAGAUCUCCAAGGAGUUCGAGAAGUGAUUUGGGUACCUAAAACCGUCGAUUGUCUCCAAACCAUCCUGACUGUCAUUCCCCUUCAACUUAUGAGCUACCAUGUCGCUGAUCUCAAUGGAUUCAAUGUUGACCGCCCGCGGAAUCUCGCAAAAUCUGUAACGGUAGAAUAG